CAGCGCUCCGGGCCGCGGCACCUGGGCGAAGGCCGCCUGCGUGAGGAGACUGGUGGCCCGAGCGGGCUCUGGCCUUGGGGAGUGGAGGAAGGAGCCCUCCCCAUACUUCGCCAUGAGUUUCCUGAUAGACUCCAGCAUCAUGAUUACCUCCCAGAUACUUUUUUUUGGAUUUGGAUGGCUUUUCUUCAUGCGCCAAUUGUUUAAGGACUACGAGGUGCGUCAAUACGUUGUACAGGUGGUUUUCUCUGUGACUUUUGCGUUUUCUUGCACCAUGUUUGAGCUCAUCAUCUUUGAAAUAUUAGGAGUGUUGAAUAGCAGCUCCCGUUAUUUUCACUGGAAAAUGAACCUGUGUGUAAUUCUGCUGAUCCUGGUUUUCAUGGUGCCUUUUUACAUUGGCUAUUUUAUCGUGAGCAAUAUCCGACUAUUGCAUAAACAACGACUGCUUUUUUCCUGUCUCUUAUGGUUGACCUUUAUGUAUUUCUUCUGGAAACUAGGAGAUCCAUUUCCCAUUCUCAGCCCAAAACAUGGGAUCUUAUCCAUAGAACAGCUCAUCAGCCGUGUGGGUGUGAUUGGGGUGACUCUCAUGGCUCUCCUUUCUGGAUUCGGUGCUGUCAACUGCCCAUACACGUACAUGUCCUACUUCCUCAGGAAUGUGACUGACACAGACAUUCUAGCCCUGGAACGGCGACUGCUCCAAACCAUGGAUAUGAUCAUAAGCAAAAAGAAAAGAAUGGCAAUGGCACGGAGAAAUAUGUUCCAGAAGGGGGAGGUGCAUAACAAACCAUCAGGAUUCUGGGGAAUAAUAAAGAGUGUUACCACUUCAGCACCAGGAAGUGAAAAUCUUACUGUUAUUCAACAGGAAGUGGAUGCUUUGGAAGAACUAAGCAGGCAGCUUUUUCUGGAAACAGCUGAUCUAUAUGCUACCAAGGAGAGAAUAGAAUACUCAAAAACUUUCAAAGGGAAAUAUUUUAAUUUUCUCGGUUACUUUUUCUCUAUUUACUGUGUUUGGAAAAUUUUUAUGGCAACCAUCAAUAUUGUUUUUGAUCGAGUUGGGAAAACUGAUCCUGUCACAAGAGGCAUUGAGAUCACUGUGAAUUAUCUGGGAAUUCAAUUUGAUGUGAAGUUCUGGUCCCAACACAUUUCCUUCAUUCUGGUUGGAAUAAUCAUCGUCACAUCCAUCAGAGGAUUGCUGAUCACUCUUACCAAGUUCUUUUAUGCCAUCUCCAGCAGUAAGUCCUCCAAUGUCAUUGUCCUGCUAUUAGCACAGAUAAUGGGCAUGUACUUCGUCUCCUCUGUGCUACUGAUCCGAAUGAGUAUGCCUCUAGAGUACCGCACCAUAAUCACUGAAGUCCUUGGAGAACUGCAGUUCAACUUUUACCACCGUUGGUUUGAUGUGAUCUUCCUGGUCAGCGCUCUCUCCAGCAUACUAUUCCUCUACUUGGCUCACAAACAGGCACCAGAGAAGCAUAUGACACCUUGAACUCAUGCCUGUUACAGAUUGCUAGAGGCCAGUAGUGUCAAAAUUUGGAUGUAAGGGGAAAAACUGAAGGGGACCAAGGCCUAAUAUUUUUUAAACAAAAAUGAUGUGGUGGCAUAUUCUACCUCCAGCAUACACCUUCCUCCUCCAUGAUACUGUGAUCAUAAGUAGCAUCAGCUAGAACAUGAAAGGGAGAAGUAACUCAAGGCAGUACUCAGUAGAGAGCAUCCUGUAUAGAUUCGAGGCUGGUGCAGUGCCAGGGAGUCAGGAGAAGAGCCAGGGGGGGGAAAUACACUGGACCUCUGGGGCAAGAGAUGUCUAUGGUAGCUGGGCCAAACACAGAGGAUUUCUGUUUUGAGUUAAGGUUCCCAUGGAGAAGGUUACGGCUUUCCCUUGAGAUUGUUAUUAAAAUCAAAUUAUAACAAUUUGGCCUUAGGUUCAUUUUGUCAUGCAUAGCUUGGUAUUAUGCUUGUGUGACCUACCAUGAGUUAGCAUCCGACUCCUGCCCCAUUAAAAUAACCAAGAGGUUAUCUGCCCUUUUUGGGAAAGGGUGAAAUAGAUUCUACCAGAAGAGAGACUUCAGGUAUGUCAUUUUUCCUGAUUUCCUUUUAACUUAGUAUUACUCAUUUUUAAGAGUAAAUACCCUUCAUUCAUUUCAAUAAUGAUGUUUCCAUUUUUUGUUUCCAUCUGCCCCUCAUGCUAUGGGGUAAAACAAUGAAUAAUGUUAACUGGAAUAAGUCACUUUUCUAGCCUGGGAUUCAAUUUAUUCAUCUG